AUGUCGGCUUGUCUGGACAUGUCAGAAAGGAAUCACGGAAGAACACACCUCCUCUCCCAGCUGACCGCCUGUUCUCGGAAAAAGAAGCUGGCCAAACCAUCGCAACCGCAAACCCAUGCUGCCGGAGCUGCCCAGGCCGGACAAGAGAGAAGGAGCAGGAAGGGUCUUGCCCUGGUAUACGAAGUGAUUGAAGCUGGGGAGGAUGAGGAUUCGGCGCCGCCGCUCUCGCUUUCCUAUCCUCCUUCGUCGCAUCCGAAGCCUGCUCAGGCUCGUCCCCAGUGCUUUGCCCGCAAAGUCUCUCUCGGAUACUGCCGUCGUCAUAGUCCUGGUUUGGACGAAACCACAGUCAAUGGUGAGCUUGACCUCUUCACGGAUGAUGCUACAUGGGCAUCCGAGGCAGGCGAGAGGGGUGAGGUAGAUGAGCGACUGCAAUCACACUUGCAGCACUAUACCGAGCUGUCACCCGCCAUUGUUGGUACAACCACGUAUGCUGUUGUUGGGCUUCUGUUACCACUUGGCUCUGGUACUUCAACGCGUUCCCCGGGAAUUCCUAUCGUUGAGGUUUGCGCGAAGACCGACCUCAUGGAUAAUGCUGCCGAGGAUGUGGAACAGGCACUGAGAACUGUCUGUUUGGCCUAUGGCGCCGCUCUGUUCGAUACUGCCCCUACCCAGCCUACGACAUACGCUCUCCUGAAGAGCUAUCUCCUCCAUAGACUGUAUACCGUCCCGCCUCUACUGAAUCUGCCACCAACCUCCCCAAACACCGUAUCGGCACCCGCCAUCAUCGGCUGCACCAAAUUCCCCUUCAACCACCGAGCCAACGUGCUUGACAGAGUUGCUGUCAUGGUACCCCAGCGGAUGGGAUACUUGAGUAGGUAUAUUCCCAAGUCUGCGGGUCAAGAGCCUGAAGAGGAUGAUGGAGAACCUUUCGAAGAGUUCUUGCAGGUGCUUCUCCCCUCCUUCGCGUCUCCUCCCCCGCAAUCUCCUUCCAACCUUACAACAGUCACCGAGCCCUCCCAGAACUUCUUUUCCCGUCUACUCGACCUCCUUAUGAAAGACCCCAACCGAGAUUCCCACCAAUAUUUCCGCCACGCCCCUUCCGCCAUCUCACCCUCCAACGUUCCCUCUGCUACCAACCCCGGCGCGGGUGGAUUCAACAAUACUGCUGUGGGGCCUAUGGGCGGUGCUGCCGAGGGUUUGAGCUUGCAAGCCUGCCUGUUGAAGGACAAGUUUGCGAGGCUGGGGAAGAAGGAUGGGAAGGCUGCGCCGGGGACGCUGGCACCUGCGAUGCCUAACGAAGCGUUGCACAAUUUUUUCCAGUUCUUGCUGGCGAACAGAAGCAAGAUGGGGGGUAGUGCUGCUGGGGGUUCUACAAAAGGAACUAGUGCUGAAGGGGCGGGGGAGGGCAAGUAG